AUGCGGAGUUUCACUCAAGCCGAUGCUAAGCCGAUGGCCGUCGGGCCAUACUCACCUAAUGCCUGUGCGCUCUGCCGCAGUCAGAAGAGAAGAUGCGAUAAGACGCUACCGUCUUGCAGUCGAUGCAUGAAAUCAAAGUUAUCAUGCGACUAUUCGUGGAAUGUGACACAAACCGAGGACUUUCCCCGAGUGGCGCUGUCUGAUUUCCUCCUCUUUCAUGUACCGGUUAACCAGGACCAGCUGUGGCUCCCCGGCAGCUUUCAGGCCUUACAGCCCCAUUGGGACAAUAUCAGUUCCCGGCGUGUAGAUAUUGACAACUACUUUGUUGGUCUCGUCAUGGCAGCGCUGACGGAGCAAUGUGUAUCCGUUGAGAGAAUGCUCGAGGAAUACUUUUGCGAUAUCCAUCCCUGGUUCUCAGUGAUCAUAGAGCCAGGUUUUCGGAAACGGCUGUCUAACCUGCAUCGCGAGCCUUGUGCAGAGACAGCAAUGCUCCUAUUAGGCGUGUUUUUGGUUACUGGCUCACGUGAUCAAUCUAGCAACGAUACUGACCGGACGAGGAUCUACCAGGUUGGCAAAUACUUAUUCUCCUUUCUACAGCUCCAACGGGAACCUUCAUUGGAGAUGGUGCAGAGUGGGUUGUUGCUGGUAUUGUGCGAGCUGAGAGCUUCCCGGCUCAACGAGGCUUCUGUAAGCGUUGGGAAUUGCGCGAGGCUGGGAUAUACUCUUCGCUUGAAUAUCGAUCAUAUCCAACAUGAUGAGGAAAGUUCCCCCUGGGAUGUAUCCGAGGAACGAAGAAGAGUCUGGUGCGGACUAUAUAUGUUAGACCGGAUCAUUUGCCAGGUAGCCACCGAGUUUCGGGCGCCUCACGCAGUCGAAGAAGCUGAUGCCAGUUAUCGGCUGCCGAUAGACGACAUCUUCUGUUAUAAACUGAAAACACCGGUCCCCGGCAAUUCUCAUCCGUCUUUAUCGACGCCGCUUCAGGUUCCCUUGUGUUAUUUUGCCCGUGAGAUCCAGGCGUCCCGCAUCCUCGGACAAGUCCAGAUGCUUAGACGGUCAAGUGACGCCGAUUGGUCGUUCGAACAAUUCACAGUUCUUGAUCGCACACUGAUGCAGUUUAUGGAGAUUCUAUUUGAGCAAACGCCCGGGAGUUGGGCAGUUCUGUGUGGGGCAAAUGCCAUUUGUUUAUCGUCUGCAAUAACUCUUCAUCAAGACCGCCUAUCCCGAGCAGCUCGUGGAGCAAUUUCCUCGACUGAUCUGGAUACCUCGUUCCUUGCGAUCACGGCGUAUAUUAAGAUGGUCGGAGAUAUCUGCUCCAAAUUCGACGACCUUGAGCCUAGUAGGAAGAUACCUUGCGUACCCCUACCGGCCGUGAUGUGCACUGGAGAAGCUCUCCUCGCAGCCAGAAAUCUCAAACAGUCAUAUGGGCUGGCGUUUCACUUCGAAGAAGAGCCUUUCCAACGCAUCCUUACCUACGCUACAAGAACAUGGAAUCUUGCUGAUGAGUAUCUCCGACGCACAGCAGACAUGACUCGGUUUCAAUAA